AUGGCAAAGCAUUGUGGAAUGAUCAAGGUUGCGGAGCGUAUGAGUCGAAAGAGCCAGCCAGAAACGGAGAUCAAAGUCGGCGAUAUUGAAGAUUUAUUUAUUCAUUUAGAACGUAUUUUCUCCAUUGGGGGAGUAUGGCCGUUCAAACGAACAUAUAUUCGUUUCGCAAUUUAUAUAUCAUAUUAUAUUCUAUAUCUUGUUAUGGCAUAUACUAAUCUUUAUGAUGUUUUUGGUAAUCUGGAGCUGAUAGUGAUGAAUCUCGUGGAAACAGUAGCAUAUACUAUGACAUUUACGAUAUUGUGGCUGAUUCGUUAUAGUAAUUUGUUGAAGCAUCUAAUUAAUGCGAAAAAGGAUAUGAAGGAUCGCAAAUUUGAAAAUUCUGAAGAAGAAAGAAUUUACUAUAAUUAUAAUUACACGUCCAAGAUAUUUACAUAUGGCUCGAUUACUGGCAUGUUCAUUACAAUCAUGACGUUGUAUUUUAGACCGCUUUUACGUUUCUCAACUAGCGAUAAAGUGUUACAUAACGAUACAGAAUCUUUUAUGUUACCCUACAGAGUGCAUACAUUUGUCGACACUACUAAUAGUUAUACAUAUAUAUUAAUGUAUUUGUACUUAUUCCCGAUGGUUUAUGCCGCUAUUUGUCACAUGGCGGCGAUUUGUUUAAUAGUUAUUUUAGUGUUCCACAUUUGUGGGGAAUUAUCCAUUUUAUCAUACCGUAUCAGAAAUAUUAGAACAUACUCACAAGAUAUAGUGGUAAAUAGAAUUUGUAAUUUUGUUCGAAUGCAUCUCAAAAUAAUGUGGAUGGCGAAAUCCGUGGAUAAUAUUUUCAAUUUAAUUCUUUUGGAUGAACUUCUUGGCAAUAGUAUUGUAUUGGCUAUUUCGCUGUACUAUGUCAUAACAAACUUACAGGUUUCGGAAAUGGCGACUUGUUGCACUUUUAUAUUUUUUGCCGUUAUAGCGCUUGUUAUGCUUUUUGGAUACUGUUUAAUUGGUGACCAACUGACUCAACAGUGUAUAAACGUUCAAGAUGCAUAUUACGAAUGCGAUUGGUAUGAAAUGCCGCCCAAUUGCAAGAAGUGUUUACUUAUAUGUAUGAUUCAUGGGCAAGUUAUGCUAUAUUUAACAGCUGGCAGAUUUUAUAUAUUCUCUUUGAACAGUUUUACGGAUAUUAUCAAAACUUCUAUGGCGUAUUUAUCGAUGCUGCGUACUCUGUUAUGAAGAAUUAUAAAAAAGUUUAU